AUGGAUUCCAAACCGGCCGGUUUAGCUGUUGUUAUCUUUAUGCUUCUGUUCAUCCAAAUCCUUAGCCCAGCUGGUGUUUAUGGAGAUAUCACCGGAGUCUGUUACGGCCGCAACGGCAACAAUCUCCCGUCGCCGGCAGAUACCAUAGCUUUAUACAAAAGCAACAAAAUCGACGCCAUUCGUAUUUACGAGCCCUUCGCCGAUAUGCUCGAAGCGCUCCGUGGAUCAGGUCUCCUCGUUGCGUUCGGUCCUCGAAACGAAGAAAUCCAACCACUAGCCCAAGACCCAGCCGCCGCAACCAUUUUCGUCGGCAAUUGGAUCCUGCCUUACAAAAACGACGUCGCUAUCAAAUGGAUCACGAUCGGUAACGAGGUCCUCCCCGGAGAAAUCGCUCCCUUUGUCGCCGCCGCGAUCCGGAACAUACCUAUAAAGGAGAGCAUCAUGAAGAAGAAAACAGAGGAAGUUGUCAUCGAUGGAUGUCCCAGAAAACCUCCUAGAUCCAGAAAGAGGAAAAGCUCAUAUGACAAUAACGACACCUGCAAUGGAAAAUCUGUAAAGGGGAUGAGCGUUGAUAAUCACAUAGUAGAUGGUGCAGAGGAUCCUAAAACAACCAACAACCAGAAAAACGAGAAAACUAAGAUCAUCAACUCAAACCAUCAAAAAACCUUCCAACACGAAAACUCAAGCAUGUGUACCAAUGAUGAUGGAGAUUAUGACCAUAUAUUUCAGUGUAGUAGCCCAGAAACCACGGAAGAUGAGUUAUCAAAUGAUGAAUCAAGUUGUUCUAAAGAGACAAACCUUCAGGAUGUGAUCAGCCUCAACCGGAAUUCGCAGAGGUUAGAUCCAAGAAUCCACGAAAGCCGUGUGUCCAAGCUGAAACUAAGAAACAACCAAACUCGACAAAAGGAACCAGAGAGGAGGAAAGUGAAAACAAAGGAACCAUUAAAACUUGAAUAUAAUGAUGAGGGUGAUAUGACAUAUCGUUGCACUCACUGUGAUGCUAAGUUUUGGUAUGGUGAACGUAUCAACAAGAAGAAGAGGUCACGCAAUCCAGUCUUCACGCUUUGCUGUAUGCAGGGACAAGUAACGUUGCCGUUGCUAAAGGAUCCUCCUCCUGAAAUUAAAAAUUUGAUUUAUGGAGAUGAUGAAUUAAGCCGACAUUAUCAGAAGCACAUCAGGCCUUACAGCAUGCUUUUUUCCUUUACUUCAAUGGGUGGAAGAGUUGAUCAUUCUGUAAAAAAAGGCAGGGGUCCACAAAUGUUUCAGUUGCACGGAGAGAAUUACCAUUUAAUGGGCAGCAUGAUUCCACAACCUGGAGAUUAUGCAAAAUUCUAUCAGAUGUAUAUUGUUGACAUGGAGAAUGAGAUCGAAAAUAGGCUCACUUUCCUCAGCAAGGCUAAAAAUGCACAAGAAUCAACUAAGAAGAACCGACUACGGAAGGAAAUCAUUGAAUUGUUCGUCAAGGUCUUAGAUGAGCACAACCCGUACGUGAAGACAUUUCGGUCUGCAAGAGAGAGAUUCAACACUGACCCUGAGCACAGUUUUCACAUGAGGAUUAUAAGUGAUCGUGUUACUGAUGGAAGAACUUACAACACUCCUACGGCUUCUGAGGUUGCUGCAAUCAUUCCCGGAGAUUUCAAUUUUGACAUGGGGAAGAACCGUGAUAUAAUCCUACAAAAACAAUCCGGAAAGCUGAGGCGUAUUAGCGAGAUUCAUCCGUCGUAUAUCCCACUACAAUAUCCUACGUGUUUCGUUUAUGGAGAAGAUGGUUUCAGGCUUGGAAUUAAGAAAGCAGAUUCAGUUUACGGGAAAAAAAAUAAGAAGGAAAACAUCUCUGUUAGACAGUUUUUUGCUUUCCGUCUAUUUGAAAGAACAAAAGAGUCUAACCAUCUCUUACACUCGAGGAGGCUGUUUCAGCAGUACUUGGUCGAUACCUACACCAUGAUUGAGACUAACAGGCUUACCUAUCUGCGGAUGAACCAGACAAGCUUGAGAUCAGACAGUUAUGACUCAAUCAAACAAGCUGAAGACGCAGGUGUCAUUGAAAUGGAGGAACAAGGUAAUAAGUUUUACUUGCAUGCGUCUUUCACUGGAGGACCAAGGUAUAUGAGGGAGUUAUAUUUCGAUGCGAUGGCGAUAUGCAGACAUUAUGGUUUCCCGGAUUUGUUCAUCACAUUUACAUGCAAUCCUAAAUGGCCAGAACUAACCCGAGAGCUUGAUGGUACAAAUCUGAAACCUACGGAUAGAGCUGAACUCAUCUGCAGGCUGUAUCAUAUAAAACUAGCGUCACUCAUGGAAGACUUGACGGAUAAUGGACUCCUAGGCCAAACAGUUGCGUCAAUGUAUACAAUAGAAUUUCAAAAACGAGGACUGCCACAUGCUCACAUUCUUCUGUUUAUGCAUCAGAAGUGCAAGUUUCCAACUACGGAUGAUAUCGAUAAGAUUAUAUCAGCAGAGAUACCAGAUAAGGUGGAGGAGCCAGAACUAUAUGAAGUUGUGAAGGAUAUGAUGAUUCACGGUCCUUGCGGUAAUGUGAACAUAAACUCACCAUGUAUGGAAAAUGGAAAAUGUUCAAAGCUAUUCCCGAAAGCUCAUGCAGAGAGAACCAAGAUAAGCAAAGAUGGCUUCCCAAUAUACAGGAGACGGGACCAGCCAGGUGUGUUUAUCGAGAAGAAUGGUUUCAAGUGUGACAACCGAUACGUGAUUCCAUAUAACAGAGCUCUGUCCAUCCGUUACAAAGCUCACAUCAAUGUAGAAUGGUGUAACCAGUCAGCUGCUAUUAAGUACUUAUUUAAGUAUAUCAACAAAGGAUCAGAUCGUGUUGCUGUCGUUGUUGAGUCAGCUGAGCAGGCCACACUUGGUGAAGAAGCACGGCAGAAAAAGAAAAAUGGGAGACCUACUAAUGGAGCUAAGCAGACUGAAGAUAGUUCUGAGUCCACUGAGAAGGUUGAGCAGGUUAACGAGAUUAAAGACUAUUUUGAUUGCCGGUUUGUAGGUGCUACAGAAGCUGUAUGGAGAACACUGGGGUUUAAAAUACAUCAUAGAUCUGUGUCUGUGGUUAAACUCACUUUUCACUUAGAAGGGAAACAGCUGGUUAUCUUCAAAGGGAAGGACAAGCUGGAAAGGGUUGUUACACGAAAACUGAUCGAGAAGACUAUGAUGUUGGCUUGGUUUCAGCUGAAUUUGGAAAAUGAGUUUGCUAGAACGCUAACCUAUGUUCAGAUUCCAAAUUUCUUUGUAUAUAUUGCUAGCCAGAAACGUUGGAAAGAAAGGGAGACAGGUUUUGCAAUUGGCAGAAUCAACUAUGCCCCAAGGAAGAUUGAAGAUGCUUAUUAUUGUCGAGUGUUGCUAAAUGUUGUCCGUGGUCCCACAUGUUUUGACGACAUCAAGACAUACAAUGGAGUGCUAUAUCCGAGCAACAAGGAUGCGUGCUAUGCCAGGGGUUUGUUAGAGGAUGACCAAGAGUACAUUGAUGACAUUCUCAGGAGAAGCUUCACGACUUCCGCAGCUCAACUUCGGCAGUUAUUCGUCACCAUGCUUAAUUCGACAGUUUAA